AUGGUCACAAUCAUCAUGAAGCGUACUUCUAAUUUCUGCAGCUUAUCUCAACUGGCCGCUAAUUACCUUCAGUUAAGAAUGCCGCUUUCAUGGCAGAUGAAGAUCCAUGGAGGAUUUUACAGAGAGAAGCAAACCAGAUCACCAGCACUGAUAAGAUUAAUGCUAUCCACGGCAUUGCAUAAAAUACGGAAUACCAGCCCUAAUUUUACAAGAAUGAGAAAAAAAUACCAGCCGACUCGACUGACAAAAGAGACUCCGAUGAGUGACAGAAGCGAAAGGGUAAUCGCGGCUCCAGUUGACGAAUUGCGACUACCAGUACCAGCCCCACGACCCCUACCUUCGAGCUCGGCUUUGUGA